AGUUCGGCAAUGGAGCUCUGGCUGGCAGUUGGGCAACAUCUAUUGCCUAGAUCAGGCUCCAAGUUAUUCCAAAGAAGCUCCAAAAUGGAUGCCUCUGGCGUUCAACACUCGUCGUUUCCAAACUCAAUCGAGAUAUGAAACUUCUGAUCCGUCUGAAUCAGCCAAUGUUCGCCGCUGGAACCCUCAGAUCGUUAGCAGCUCGGAGAGCUAAUUUUUCCUCUGCUGCUGCCAAAUGGGAAGGCGGAGUUUCCAUGGUUCAAGGAGCUUCCAGAGGAAUUGGCCUCCAAUUCGUUAGACACCUGCUACAGAAGAAUGAAAAGGGACAUGUUGUUGCUACUUGUCGCAACCCUGGAGAGUCUACAGGGCUCAUUGAGUUAAAAGACAAGUUUUCUGAGCGCCUUUGCAUUCUAGAGUUGGAUGUGACCAAGGAAAGCACCAUUAAGGCAUCUGCAAAGUCUAUAGAAGAAAGAUAUGGCUCACUGAAUCUAGUUAUUAAUGCAUCUGGCAUUCUUUCAAUUCCUGGUGUACUCCAACCAGAAACUACCUUGACUAAAGUGGAGAAGACUUCUUUGUUGCAUGCUUAUGAGGUUAAUUCUGUUGGUCCUAUCCUUGUGAUCAAGCACUUGUGGCCUUUCCUUAAAGCUGGAGGAGGUUCUGGAACAGAAAGAGAUGUUGCAGUCGUUGCCAAUUUAAGUGCUCGGGUGGGAUCCAUUGGAGACAAUUGUCUUGGGGGUUGGCAUUCUUACCGAGCUUCAAAGACUGCACUUAACCAAUUGACAAAAAACGUAUCUGUGGAAUUUGCCAGGAAGAAAGAUCCAAUCAUAUGCAUAUUAUUGCAUCCAGGCACAGUGGACACAGAUCUAUCUCGGCCAUUUCAGAGAAAUGUUCCAGAAGGCAAACUUUUUACUAAAGAUUUUUCAGUCCAAAAGCUAAUGACCAUUAUCAACAAUGCAAAGAGCCAAGACAAUGGGAAGUUCUUUGCUUGGGAUGGUCAGGAGAUUCCUUGGUAAUAUGAUCUUUUAUUUAGUAACACAAUAUUAUGGAUAUCUAUUUUAAGCUCAAGGGAUUCAUGUACUGGAAGAUCUAUUCUAUUUAUUAGCUUUUAGAGCUCAGGUGAUCACGGUUGUUUCAAUGAGAGAAAAUCAAACUUGGGCGUUGUUCUGCUUCGAUUUUAUGAUUAUUUUAUACAUUUAAUAAAUACAAAGUCUCAAAUGUUAGGAACUUGUAA